AUGGCACCAAAGAAAAACUAUAGUCUUGAGACGGAGUUGGUGUUAUCAAACUCUGGGGACCAAUAUAAUGCUUCGGUGGCUCCAUUAUACCAAUCUGCAACUUUCAAACAACCGUCCUUGUCCAAUAUGGGAGAGUAUGACUACACGAGAUCAGGCAACCCCACAAGGACUCAUUUGCAACACCACCUUGCCAAGAUCAUGAAGGCUAAACAAGCAUUUGCUGUAUCGUCUGGGAUGGGGUGUCUUGAUGUUAUAACUAGAUUAUUGAAACCGGGCGACGAAGUGAUUGCAGGUGACGAUUUAUACGGCGGGACUCAUAGAUUGUUAACUUACUUGAAUAAAAAGGGAGAUUUAGUAGCUCAUCAUUACGAUACCACUAAUACAGAACUAAUCAAGUCCAAGAUAAAUGACAAAACAAAAAUGAUUUUUCUAGAAUCUCCUACGAACCCGUUAAUCAAAGUUGUUGAUGUCAAGAGUAUAACGGAAUAUGCACAUCUGGUGAAUCCCAAUUUGGUUGUGGUGUUUGAUAAUACAAUGAUGUCUCCUGUGUUUAUGACACCAUUGGAUUUAGGUGUUGAUAUACAAUACGAAUCGGGUACAAAGUACCUCAACGGACACCAUGAUAUUAUGGCUGGAGUAAUAGCUACAAGGUCGUCAAAACUAGCAGACCAAAUCUACUAUAUAAUAAAUUCCACCGGCUGUGGUUUAUCACCAUUUGAUUGCUGGUUACUAGGUAGAGGCUUAAAGACACUAGCAGUAAGAGUUGAAAGACAACAAGAGAAUUGUAUAAAGAUUGCCAAAUUCUUGGAAAACAUUGGCUUCAAAGUAAGAUAUCCCGGAUUAAAGUCGCAUCCACAAUAUGAGUUGCAUAACUCAAUGUGUUCUGGGUAUGGGGCAGUAUUGUCGUUUGAAACAGGUUCUAUAAAGUUGAGCGAGAAGAUUGUUGAAAGCACGGACGUUUUUGGUAUUGCCGUAUCAUUUGGCUGUGUUAAUUCGUUAAUAUCAAUGCCUUGCAGAAUGUCCCACGCAUCAAUAGAUGCCAAGACUAGGAAAGAAAGGGAGUUCCCUGAAGAUUUGAUCCGAUUGUGUAUUGGAAUCGAGAAUGUCGAUGACUUAAUUGACGAUUUGACAAAGGCCUUGUUAAAAAGUGGUGCUGUUAAAGUUAAUUACAAAGACGAAUUGUUUAACGUCGUAGAUAUACAACCCAAAUUAUAG